GCAAUCCAAAACUGAUGAAUUAAAAAAAUAACAAAAAACAACAAUGUCAAAUGCUAAAAGAAAAUGCCAUACAUAAUAACUUUAAUCCUUUCAUGUGUAUUUUUUUUUAUUUUUUUAAAAAAACUUCCAAUCAAUUUUUUUUUAAAAUAAACACAAAAAUGAUUGAUUGAUUGAUUAAAUAGAAAAAACAAAACCCAACAAAAACUUGUGCAUAUGAUUUUUUUUUCAAUGAUUUAGAAAAAAAAUGACAACAAAAAAAAAGAAAUGCGAGAGAAAAGAAAAGAAAAGGUAUAUGAAAAAACGAGAUAUAUAAUCUAUUUUUUUGGGAUGCGGAAGGGGUUGAUUCAAGUAGGUAUCCAAAUUCAAGAUAACUAUGAACAACAUAUACAUAAAUCACAACUAGAUAAAGAAACAUAAACAGAAACAUAAAUAUAAAUCAAAAUGAAGAGAGAAAGAGAAAGAGAUAGACGACGACGACAAAAUUGAAUGAUUUGCGAAUUGCUUUACUAAUUGCUUACUACUGAUAUUUUAACGAGUUUUCCUUCCACCAAAAUGUGUGAUA